UUCAUCGUUAAUAUGUUUCAAAAUAAUACAGUAUUACAAUCUGAAGAUGAACCAUCAGCUUUAACCUUUUUUGUUGCGAUUUUAAGUUCUUUGUGAAGUGGAAACAUAGUAUAACUCCUUUCAUAUUUCUCCUGAGACAACACCUCCACGUGAAAGGUUGACAACACAGGUGUCUAUGUGUGCUGACGUGAUGAGAGAUGUUUUAUUCAUUAUUUUACUGAUGUCAUCAUUUAGCGAUCGCAAUUUCUCGGUUUGUACUAAUGACAACACAGUUGUCUUUGUGCAAGAACCUGGUGACAUAUUUUAUUCUUUACUCUAUCGAUACCGUCAUCGAACGAUGUCAUUUUCACUACAUUUAAUUUUGACAUCCUUAUGCGAUGACGUGGUGAUGUUCUUUUUAAACUCAGAUGAUGUCAGGUCAACAAAGCCAACAUUUUCCAUUGCAUUAGUAAUAGCCAAUCCCAAUAAUUUCCUCCUGAAGAACGAAUGAAUCAUCUUGGUGCUUGCUUCACUUCCUACUUUCACUUUAAUGCUGAUGAUGAUUAUAUAAGAUAAGGAUAUGCAUCUCAAAUAGAAAGUGGUUUUUCCGGAGUAUGCUUGUCAAUUCCCAGUUAAAUGAUACGUGCUCUUCGUAGUAAAUCUUAUACGACUUACGUACCUCCGCCUAACAAGAUAAAACUAUUGUUGUUAUUUCAGUUGAUGACUUUUACGCCAUGAUAUUGCAGAACAUGAUGUGAAUGGAAAGUAUGAAGUAAAAAUCACCUUUACUUUCUAAGUCAUUCAUGGAGCAUGGAAAACGGGACAAUUCUGAAGCGUGAUAUUGCCUCCGGUAUCGACAAUGGGAACUCCCAGUUCGUAGGUCCAUCGUAUGAUUAUCACGAAGUCAUGAAGGUCAAGGUCGUCACCGUGGGAGACAUGAGCGUUGGUAAAACGUCAUUGGCUGUCAGAUAUGCUAAACACGAGUUUAUAGAGUCUUAUAAUGAAACUAUAGGGGCAAGUUUUUACGUCCGGUCGAUCGAAGUGUCCGGGAAAACCUUCCUGUUCCAGAUUUGGGAUACGGCCGGACAAGAGAGGUUCCGAAGUUUGGUUCCCAUGUACCUUCGGGAUGCCAAAAUCGCCAUCCUUGUUUAUGACGUAACAAGUAUGGAUUCGUUUGAUGCCGCUGCUAGCUGGCUGAAGGACCUACUGGCCAGUAGUCCAUCGUCGGUCAAGAUUGCCUUAGUUGGUAACAAAAUGGACCUAUCAGACCAGAGGGCAGUGUCCGUCGAGGUUGCAAAAAGUUUUGCCUCACAGAAAAACUUGGCUUUUAUUGAAACAUCUGCAAAAACGGGUGAAAAUGUGGACACAUUAUUUACGAUGUUGGGUGAAAUGAUGUUGGAAGAUGCGGACGCCCUGGACAGACAGAUAUCGUCGGAUACGUCAACAUCUUCGCCUGUUGUGGACGUCAGAAACGUGAAGUUCCCAAGUCAAAGGAGGUGUUGUAGAUCCUGAUGUGUUUAUGGGAAAGGAUAUGUCAACAUUUAAUUCAAUUUGAAACAUUUUCGUCGAAAAGACAUGAAUUUGUCUGUGGAUCUUUAACAUAUGUUUGGUAUAAAAAACAACUUGUGUUUCUUUUCCUGAGAAAUGAAUGUUGUGGUUUAGGAUGUAUAUACAUUGGUUACAGGGAGUCCACUGUAUUAUUCAUUACUUCCGGUGACUUUGGUGUAUAUUUCGCAGGUGAAGGUGCCGUGGUCCAAGAUGUAAAUGUGCCUGAGGUUGCGAGGAGUUAACAGAACUAGUCAUUACUUCCGGUCUCUACUACAGUUUGACACACUAAUGUGGUUUGUGUUCAGAGAGGUCAUUGAAUUAUUUAUUACUUCCGGUUACCUUUGAUCUUGUCAGUAACAAGGCACUACACGUGUUGCAUUAAAAAAUAAGUCUAGAACAGACAACUGUGUGUCUAUCCUAUCUGAUAUGUGUGCAAUAUUCGUUUUGUGGAAGCUUUCAAAGACUGAGAUACUGGUACAGACAGAUGCUAUGAUCACAAUAUGCUCUUUCAAAACGGAAAGAAAUCGGUGUAUGACCUUGUGCAAACAUCUUAAAUGAAGAAAUUGCAAGAUGCAAGUUUUCAUAAAUAGAAAUGUAGUAUUAUGUAUGAUAUCAUUACGAGAGUUAAGGCAGAUGCUGAAAAAAGGCCGUAUGAGUGCAAGGAAUAUGUAAUGACAUUCAUUCAAUGGUUGAAAAUAAUAUAAAAUAUAUUUUCAUGUAUGUGAUAUGCAUUUAUUUUUAAAAAUAUUUUUAUUUUAUUAUCAUCUCGAUGCUCUGAAAUAAGUUUUAAGUGUUCAUGCAUUAACAUGUAAGCAUUCUGGAUAUAAUUCCUAUUUCCUAUUUUGUCUGGAAUUCUUCUGCUCAAUAUUUUAACUUCAUUUCGUUCAAUUCACGAUAACAAGUGGUAAUUUGUGAAUGGCUAACUCGGGGUAAACUUUAUAUAUAAACAACGUCAUGCUUGUAUUUAAAAAAGAUGAAAUGUUUAUUUGUAUCUUUUAUAUGAUUUGAGGAUUUACGAACAGACUCAAUAUCUUUAUUAGAGGACCAUAAACCCUGUAACUAUGUUACUUGUACAUGCGAUAUUUUAUGUUUACAAGUGCAAAACUAGGCGGUGUUUGUUACUGUAUACCAGGACAUUUUCGCCACAGUUUUCAACUUUCCCCUUUUUCGACUUCCGUGAAAAGGGUAAACUUAUCACAGCGAACCAUAUGGAGUAAAUUAAUGGGACAUGAGUUAAUGUAAAUUAACAUAGGGGCAAUAAAGAUUUCUACAAUCAAAGGCAAUCAUUUGACAGGGGAAAGUUUCUAGGUAAACAAAAGAAUAUUAGAUAUAUUGAAGAAAAACCACUGUCUUUAAACAUACGUCGUACAUUUGUUUAUGCAUAUUCUUUUAAUCACCCUGCUUAGCGUAAUAUUUUGCUUCGCUUCAAGAAUUGAUCAUUUCAGUUCUAAAAUCCUUUUAUUCAAGGGUCUUGAAUGUGUUUGAAUUGCAUGUGUGUAUGCAAAUUCCCCAUUGCCUUUGACAACCAUACAUGUAAACAUGAUAAAUAUUGUGAAUAAAGAAAACUUUGUAAUACAAAUAAAAUUUUAGAUUAAUUUACAAAAACUGGAAACAGAUUUAGCAGAA